AUGGUGUCACCAGCAAGAGUGGCCAGUGAUGAACUGGAAAAGGAUCAUGGACCUGAAAAAAAGGGGGGCUUUCAAUGUUUUAGCAGCAUACGGCUCAUGGUAUUGGCUGUCCUAUGCCUUCAGAAUUCCUUAUAUACAGUGCUAAGGAGGUAUUCUCAGGGGGUACUAAAAGAGAACUACUCCAAGCAUGAACUAUUGCUCCUAGCAGAGGUGAUAAAAAUUGUGUUUUCAGCUUGGAUGAUAUCCGGAACCUUGACAGCGGGGACUACGUUGAAACAGCGCAUUGUAUACUUGGUGGAAACAUCCAAGAAGAUGUUUGUGUUGGCCUUGAUCUACGGUGCCAUGAAUAUUCUUUCCUUUGUGGCGCUGCGCAAUAUAUCUGCAGGCAUGUUCACCAUUUUUGCCCAGUGUAAGAUCAUGACGACAGCAGUGUUUUCCAGUAUCAUUUUAAAACGUUCCUACUCUUGGACGAAGUGGAGAGCACUAAUUGCGUUGAUGAUGGGAGUCUUGCUCUUCUCGGAACCGAUUUGGGGAGACCCAGUACACCGAAAAGAAAUUGAAGGUGGGAAUGUAAUGAUUGGAACUGCUGCGGUAAUCACAGAGGUCACCUUAAGUGGAUUUGCCUCCAUUUACUUUGAAAAGGUCAUCAAGUUAGACCCAUUGAAGUUGAAUAUUUGGGAGCGGAAUUUCCAGCUUGCACUCGGCAGUCUUCCGGUGUACCUUUUCUUUAUUGCAGGCGAUGGUGGUGGCAUGACAGGCUUUUUUGGCGGAUGGUCGUGGAUUGCCUUUUUGCUGUCCCUUUUGGGUGCCGCUGGAGGUCUUCUUGUGGCUCUUUCCAUCAAGUAUGGAGACUCCAUUCUCAAAACUUUGGCAACUACUGGCGCAAUCAUCCUUUCAUCACUCUUGGACCACUAUCUUUUAGGCGGCCCUUUGACCCCACCAAUGAUCAUUGCAGCGGUUCAAGUAAUCACUGCUAUCUGCAACUACACCUUUGAUGCGACACCUCCCCCGCCAGAUACUGCAGCGAGUGAAAGCCAACCGGCGUCGACACUCAGCGAUGGCAAGGAUGAUGAAGAGAUGAAUCCGCAGAGAAAAGAAAUUGACGCAUAG